GAAAGUGUGGGAGCAGAGCAGCAGAGGCGUGGUCUGAGGGGGCGUUUCGUGUGUGUGUAUAAGUCGGUCUAGUCUAGGUGGGUGAAGUCUGGGCAAGGGCUAGAUCACAGAUGCUGAGACUGUGGUUACUGUAAAGGUGCAAAGUUGUGGUGCAGUGACUAGCGGUGAAGUUCACAGCAGCUGUGAAGCCGGCUGCAGGCAGGCAGGCAGGCGCGGUGGUGUUGCAGGCUGUGUGUGUAUUGUGGAGGGAUGCGGGCGGUGCGAGGCGCCGCGAUGCGCUGCCUGCUGUCCGGGCUGCUCUGCUGGCUGCUGCCGGCGGGCGCGAGGCGGCCCGGGAACACCGGGAACACCGGGAACACCGGGAACACCGCCGCCGCCCACAGCGUCUCCCGGGCCCGCUGCACCUCGCGCUGCCUCACGCUGCACAUCGCGCAGCUCAGCGCCAGCUUCAGGAGUCUGCAGAAUGAUGAGAUUGUAACCUGGUGUGAAGGCCACAGGAGAUGCACACAGUGUCUACAACCUUGCAAGGUGUUGUGGGAUACCAACAAAAAUCAAUGUCAGCAACAGUGUGAGAAGCACCAUGAAUGUUUGACCAGCUGUGAGUUUUUGAGAUCCAUUCAAACGGUGAAGCAAGGGAAUUGUCCUGCGCCCCAGAGAGCCUCCGGCUUUGCUGCAGCUUGUAUCCAAAGCUGCAACGUAGAUACUGAGUGCCCCAGUAUCAGGAAGUGUUGUCCUAAUGGUUGUGGUCAAACUUGCCAAACACCAGCAAAUAUGUUCAAAGGGGUCCCAUUAAGGCCCAAGAAAGAAUUGAGUUUUGCAGAAGACAAAAGUGGAAAACUCUCAGUUGCAUGGAUGUCUCGGUUCAAUGUUUCCAUGGAACCAGUAUUUUAUAUACUGCAGAGAAGAUGGAAUUCAGGAAUGUAUCCGAGUGAAGAUGAUGCCAGCAAGUGGGAGACGGUUGCUUAUACAACAGAGGAGCAUGUUGGCCUGAAAAAUAUGAGACCAAACAUAUGGUACCAGUUCAGAGUGGCUGCCGUCAACAUUCACGGAACCCGAGGUUUCACCACCCCCAGUAAACACUUCCACUCCUCGCGAGAUCCCUCACCACCAGAUGCACCGAGUAAUUUGAGGAAAGACAACUUCACUGCAAGGCACAAUGGUGCUUUCAGUCUAAGAAUUCACUGGGAUCCACCCCAAGAGAAAGAUCUUUACAUUCACCAUUACAAAAUAUACUGGAGUCAAUGGGUUUCUAGGAAAACUGUUUUACUCACAAAGAAGGAAAACUGGAAGAUAAUUGAUGGGGUGAAAGAUGAAGUUGAAAUUGAAGACCUUCAGCCAAACACACAAUAUCUGGUCCAAGUACAAUCAGUGGCCAAUUGGGGACAAAAGCGAUUAAAGAGCAGUAAAGCCCUGUUUUUCUUUACUACUCCUUCAACAGACAUCCCAUCAAAUGAAGCUAUCACUACAACAGAAGUGUCCAAUGAACUUCCACAUAUUCAUCAAAUGUUUGACAUUGGAAGUCUAGUGGCUGCAGACCCAUAUUACCAUGGCAACCAGCUGCAAGUUAAAGUCCACUGGAAAAAGGCAAAAGAAGAGAAUCUCAAGAAUCACAAUACCUACCUGCUAACAUGGAUGCCAGAAUCUUGUGCCAAGAACAAUUCACAAAUACAGCAACAUGCAACUGUCAAGGGCACUCAUUUCAUUAUCAGCGGGCUCUUAUUUGCUUGUGACUAUAAGGUGACAGUGCAACCCAUCAUUCUCCAGGGACAGGCACCGCAGGCCAUAACAUAUGUGACAACUCCGCAUUGCAGCAAUUCAAUUAAAGCCAAAGUGUUAAAACGCCUAUUUUGUGCAAAAAAGGGUCAUCGCCAGACAUCCAUUAAAACUUCCCGAAAGGUUACAUUGAAAGCAGAAAAGCUAACUGCGACUUUUGUUGCCAAAAAUGGCUCAGUCAAUGGAGAGUUUCACUGGCAGGUUUUACGAAGCCAACAUCAUCAGCAAGUCACUGGGUACCAAAUAAAUUGGUCAGAGAUAUCAACUGCUAACAGACCGGUUGUCAUGCCGAACAAGACAAUUUCGCAGUUUCAGAUACUGCCAUCAGAUCAGCCGUUUACAACAAUCCCCAAACUUCGACCUUCAACCACAUAUUGGAUUCAGGUUCAAGUCUUGACUACAACUGGGAAAGGCCCAGCCACUGUUAAAAUAUUUCAACUUCCACCCGUUUAAAACAAGGCCUUAAAAAGGUGCUAUCUGUGACAAUCAUUCUUAUCUGCUGUCAAGAACCGCACAACGAAAAUGGAACUUCUGCCGAAUUUGGAUUCCAAACAAAGUCAUCCUUGUUCUGAAGACUCAGUUAUUUACAGGGCUACCUGAAACUUUGAGCUCCCUGCUCCUCCAAUGCUAUAUGUCACAGCCCUUAGUGAUUUUUUUCCAUUUGCUCAUUUUCCAUGAAUUCCUCAACAUUUAAAUGCCAGGAACAAAUAUUCUGGUGUAACAAAUAACCAGUGACCCUAAAAAUCUGGGAUUAUUAUGAAGGAGGAAACGAACUUGCAACAGUCUCUUAGUACUUUGAUGAUAUUUUGAAUAAAGGGAAGUAACAAGCCUGACAUUCCCGUGACAUUUAAAAUGAAUCUCAAGAGUCAGCACAAGCCGAAUACUACUAAUUAUGACCUUAGGUAAAGCAGGGUAGAGACCUAAUCAUUGUGAUUUAUGAAAACAUACUCUGUGGAAUAACUACUCCAGUCAUGCUUAAUAAUAAUGCCAAAGAAAGCUGAUUGUGGUUAAAGAAAAAUAUAAUGUGGUUUCUGAUAAAUAAUGAGAUUGCAUAGAAGUUAUUAGAGAAAAGUUUCAUAAUUAGUUCUGCUCUUUAAAACAAAAACCAUUAAAUCAUUUCCACCAAAGUUAACUUUAAGAUGUAUUUGGAGUCUAGUGGUUACAUUGUAUCAAACUCUCCCUCUAACAUUAAAUCAAAUCAAACAAUCAGUUUGUGGGUGAGGAAUGGAUCUUUCAGAUAUUCAUUAUAAGUUCCAGGAUAUUUCCCAACAUUACUGACUAGUUAGAACUUAAUUUUUUUCAUUCCCAUACCGCAGUAGAAUUGAAAUCCUAAUAUUCUGCACAUAUUUAACCACCUGUGACAGAACUCACUAGGCAAUCUCUCAGUCAAGUGGAAAUGGGGGAAAAAAUAUCCGAGGCUUUUAACGAUGAAAACAAAUGAGGAAUGCAAAAUAUUUUGGGCAACAAUAUGGGAUAGAAGAUUACAUGAAGUUAUUGUUUUCCCUCACUCCCUUACCUCAUGCUGGAACAUCUUCCAAAAGGGAAUAAGAAAACUGAGCUCAAUUUCACAUGUUUGCGUGUUUCUUGAGUGGAAAAUUAGUGCCUGUACUGCAGUUUUGUAGCCUUCUCAGGGUCCAUGCUCCUUUCUUCAGCUUGGAAGGACAUUGUUGCAUUUGGAGAACGGUAGAGAAUAACUGCGCAAACCUCAGUAAAUUUAUGAUCAUGGAUCCAACAGGCUGCAGGUUGGGACUGGUCUUGUGUAAAUACAGUAAGCAAAGUAAAGGGCAAUGAACCAAGGGUCUAUUUUACACCAAUCCAUGCACCUUGGCCACUUUGCAAGAUUUGCUUAUAAUGAAUGAUGCAUAAUGCUCAUCGUGCUUACUUUCCAAUUUCCAUUGACUGAAGUACUAUUUGUGGUUCAUGUUAUUCAAAUGUUUGCAACAAUGAAUGGGAAAUGAUGAUGUAAUUGGCAAGAUGGAAAGGUGCGCUGGGGACAAGGCAAGUAGAGUAUGAAGGAGGCAGUCGAUGAAGCAGUGAAAAUCAGCGCAUGACCAAAGCUGGAUGCUUACAUUUGGGUAAAAUAAAAUGCAUUUCUUGUCGGUGGCUUUCAGAAGGUGCUUGAAUUGUGAAUUAGUAUUCUCCGUAAAAAUGUGAUGCACCAUUGAUACGAUUCAUUGUAUGGGGUCCAUGCAAGAAACUUUUUAUCAUUAAGGUUAGUUAUAUAUUUCCAUCCCUGGUGACACAGGGAAAGGUCUAGCUACACCACAACCUUUGGGAAGUGGAAUUUCACCAGGACUGUGCCAAAGUGUGGUAAUUUCAACACAAUGCAGAUGUGGGACUAAGGGUACCUGUGGCAGGAUACAACCCAUCCCCAUGAACUGGAUCCCCCCCUUACACAUACAGGAAGGUGGGAAUUCACUGCUGUACAAUAGAGUAUGAGUUUGGUGCCAGGUCUAAGAUAUUUUCCUUGGGUGGCUGAAAACUAUGCUGGCAUGGUGAAAUCCACCACUGCUUUCAUUCCCCAUGUCUGUCCAAUUAAGGCCUUUCACGAUAUGGAACGUGUUCCUUGUUGACCAAGGUCUAGAGCUGGAUCUAGAUUGUCAGGAAUCAAUGUACUGCAGUGUACUAGAUUGCUUUACCGGAGGUUCAAUAUGCGCCUCUCCCUUUGUAAGUUUUAUUGAAUGCUUUAAAGGGAGCCUAUCCCUUUGUAUGCUUGGAAUGAAUGAUGGUUUCGAGCUCCUACAUCUCCCUAGUCAUUCUCAUCAAACCAACCUCAGUACUUUCUGGUGGAGAAACCGAGUUUCUUCACAGGGACCACUUCUUGUGGAUUUCAGGGCUAAACGUACUUUAGAUGUCAUUCAACUUCAGUUGAUUGGGUCUUUGAGUCGUUAUUAUAGAUUUUUCUGCCCUUGACAUUUAGGGGCCAAGAUGACAGAGAUGGUGGAACAUGUUCGCCACUAAUCAGUCCAACAGUCAAAGGCUAAUAUGAUAAAUUAACAGAAUAAGAAUAAGCCGUUUAGUUGCUUCAGGCUGCACAGACACCAAAUCGAUUAAUGGCUGAUUUAUUCUUGAAAUCAUCUCUGUAUUCCUACUUGUUCCCCAUUAUGCUUGACCCCCUCCUAUGGUCCAUAUAUCUGCCUUAAAUUCAGUCAAUAAUUCACCUUCACUGUUUCAGGGAUUGACGUGAGCUCGUGUAAUUGUUGCUUAGAUGAGAAAGGAUGCUGGUUAUUUUCUGUGUCCUGACUUUUCAUCAAAGGAUAGAAUCCUUUCGAGUAUGCUUUCCUGGCUUCUUCCCAGCCAUCCAAGACUUUGCAGACGUUUUGACCUAUACAGUCCUGGCAUUGAUAUUGCCAAAAAGAAUCAGUUUGUCUCCAGUGGAACUCGCGUUUGGAGUAGAUUUCCACUUUGGCUACUUGCACUGCUUUCAGGAUUUGGGACAUAUAUACUGUUAACCAUAUGGUGCUGUUUCUAACCCACUGGGCUGAAGUCAGGUUCAGGUUGCUGUGUUCAGCUUGGGUUUAAUUCUACAUCUCUAGAGUGUGACACUGGAGGAGACUACAUAGGUUGCAAAAGAUGAGCCCAUGUGUUGGAGUAACUGGGAAAUAACAUAAAUCGGUAAAGACAAAGUUGAUGGACAAUCAGCAAUUGAAACAGAAUAGCAUUAUAAGGAGCAGAGUUCAUGGAGGGUGAAGGAUCUGCAUUGGAGUAGCCAAAUCUGAAAGGGAUUUAGAUAUGAAUGAGGGACGUGGUAGAAAAUGGGUUCAGAUGGUGGGGGUGCAGCAGGGUGCCAUGAAGGCAGGUUGCCAACACAGAGCAGUGAAGAAUGGCUUUGCCUCUUUAAAUAAGAGGUGAUUAUGUACAGCUUGUGUCAAGGAUCAGAGCUGUUAUUUCAUUGGGAAACAAGCAGAAGAAAAGGACAUAAUACUUGAAUGUGACUUCAGAAGGUUAGAAAAAAAAAUAAAAAGGUAGUUGUCAAGUGAAUCAUUUCCAAGCUACUUUGAAGACGAACAUUAGAAAAAAGAAAUGUCAAAAGUAAAAGGUUUUACUUUUAGAUUUUUUGUUAAUAAUUCAGUGAUGUCAUAAUAUUUUGACCAUCUACUUUAUGCUUUUGUUUUAAUCAGUGAUGAUUUAUUCUGGACUGAUAUUUAUAGAUUUUAUGUGGAAAAAUAUGACCUUGUUUGUUUUGUAUAUAAUUUCCAGGGUCUGUAAGUAAUAUGUUGCCUUCCUUUGUACAGAAAUGGACCGGGUCUUUGAAGAGGUCAAAUUUCUGAAAAAUGUUCAUUUUAGUGCAAAUAUUAUGCAUGUUACAAUUUGCUAAUAAACAUGUUUUGAUAAACGGCUGUCUGAAAUGUGGCCUAUUUGCAGUAGUUUCCUUCCCUGAGGUAUGAGUAAAUGAGGUGCCAUUAGUGGCUGAUGACAGGUGUGGGACUAAUGAGACAGUAGAAUUGCAAAUGAAGUGUGCAGCACAUCAGCUUGAGGUGCCCAGGAGGAUGGGCUGUGCAAGGUCUCGCAGCUUUUAAACAUGUUGUGGUGGCACAUGGGUUACCCUUUUCCUAAAGAAACUUGGUCCGCUCUUUGUAUCAAGUAACAGCAAAGGCGCUACUAAACAGAAACAAGGAAAAUAAGAGCUCGAGUCCUUCUGAGUUGAAUCAUCCUUCUGACUCUGUAAACACAUCAUCCUUAUGAAAGUAUCUAGAGCCGAUUAUCAGCUGAUCCGUUGGCCUCAAAGUUAUUCCUUUCUUGUGUGGAAAAAGAUUUGGUCUCAAAAAUACAGCAAAGAAAGUAACUUGAAGGACAAAAUACAGAUUGUGAACCUUCUAUUUAAGUAGGUGAGCUAUUCUGACCAGCUAGUAGAACAGUGCAGGUUGGUCAUUUCAUAAAUUACUUUAUAUUUUCAAGCAAAUU